CUUGAAAGUCCAGUUUCACAAGGAAGGAUCGUAGAGGAAGCGAAAUAUGUCACAGGAGACAGACAAUAAGCGUCUGGUGGUGGUGGUCCCCAACGAGAGCUCCUACCCUGCAGUGCGGCGGUCCUACACCAGCGAGGACGAGGCAUGGAAGUCGUACCUGGAGAACCCGCUGACGGCCGCCACCAAGGCCAUGAUGAGCAUCAACGGGGACGAGGACAGCGCCAACGCCCUGGGCCUGCUCUACGACUACUACAAGGUGCCUAAAGAAAAGAGGCUUCUGCCAGUUCCCAAAGUCGCUGAAAUUACAGAGGAGCAGCAGAAGAGGCCCAACGGCGACAGCCAAAGCGAGGUGGAGACGUUGGAAAACCGAGUUCAGGUCCUCAAAUCUGUUCCCGUCAACCUGUCGCUGAACACGGAGCACCAGGAGAACAAACGGGAGCGAUUCAGCAGCUUGACCGAGGCGGUGUCAGGGGACGGAGGGUCGGCGGCUGUGGCGGCGGUGAAGGCCGAGGCGUACGCGCCCGUCUUCAUGACGGGAGCGGGGCUCCACUACUCGGUGGAGGGAGAGGAGUCGUCGAGGGUGAUCUACGAACAGAGUCCGUAUGAGGUGACCACCGUCAGUCACAGCUCGUAUGUGAAAGAAGACCAGCAGAGUCCGCCGGACAGCCCGUAUGAAGAGGAGAGGGACAAGCGUUCUCAACAGAAGUACCACACACCUUCCUCUCUGGCUACAGACGACUACUUAUUUCACCAGGAGCGAGUUGACAGCUUCCAGUACACGCUGGACGCCACUCGCUCGCUGCGUCAGAAGCAGGGCGAGGGACCGAUGACCUACCUGAACAAAGGCCAGUUCUACGCUGUGACGCUGAACGAGCUGAGUGCCAACAAACGCCUCCGUCACCCCAUCAGCAAAGUUCGGAGUGUGAUCAUGGUGGUGUUCAGUGAAGACAAGAACCGAGACGAGCAGCUGAAGUACUGGAAGUACUGGCACUCCCGGCAGCACACAGCCAAGCAGAGAGUCUUAGACAUCGCUGAUUACAAGGAGAGCUUCAACACAAUCGGCAACAUCGAAGAAAUCGCCUACAACGCCAUCUCCUUCACCUGGGACGUGAACGAAGAGGCCAAGAUCUUCAUCACAGUCAACUGUCUGAGUACAGACUUCUCCUCUCAGAAGGGGGUGAAGGGUCUUCCUCUGAUGAUCCAGAUCGACACGUACAGCUACAACAACCGCAGCAACAAGCCGCUGCACAGGGCCUACUCACAGAUCAAGGUCUUCUGUGACAAGGGAGCAGAGAGGAAAAUAAGGGACGAGGAGAGAAAACUGUUUCGCAAGAAGUCAAAAGGUAAAGAUGGAGGUGUAGGCGUGAUAACCGCUCCCAAGAAGACCGACACCACUUAUUUCAAGACCAUGAGUGACCUGGAGGCUCAGCCCGUACUCUUCAUCCCCGACGUUCACUUUGGGAACCUGCAGAGGGCCGGACAGGUGUUCACCUUCAACACAGAGGAGAUCGAGAGAGAAGGGAGUGUGCUGGUGAAGAGGAUGUUCAGACGGUCAAAUGAAGAUCUGUGUCCGUCACCUCACAAACAGAUCAAAGAGGAGAUGCACAAGAGAGUGCUGUUGUACGUCAGAAAGGAGACGGACGAGGUGUUUGACGCUCUGAUGCUGAAGUCUCCCACGCUCAGAGGCCUAAUGGAUGCUAUAUCAGAGAAGUACGGCGUGGCCCCAGAGAGGAUAGCCAACGUGUACAAGAAAAGUAAAAAAGGGAUCCUGGUGAACAUGGACGAUAACAUCGUCGAGCAUUACUCCAACGAAGACACCUUCGUCCUCAAAAUCGAGAGCUACGCAGACGCCUACAAGAUCACUCUGAUGGAGAUCUGACCGCUCGUCAGCCGACUCUUAAGGACUGCAGGUUGAGAACGAAAGAGACGCUGUGACUGCUGGUUGGGUGAAAUGUACGAGGCUGCUAUUGAUUGGCUGAUAAGCUGACUGACAGUAUUGGAGACAGUCCAUUGGUGGCGUUAGUCAGACGCUCUGAGGUCAACGUCGACACCCCUCUCUGACACUGUUCAGGCCCUUAAGGACUUUAUGAAGCAAGUCGUAUUUUCUGUGCCGGAGGACGACAGCCCUAAUUUAAAAAAGAGGACUUAAUAGAAAUUCUUAUGAACUGGUUUUAUUUACCUCCUUUAGUUGUAGUCAUCCCCUAUGCUGUGAUGUGAAAUGACGGAGUACAGAUCAGUGCCCUACACUUUUGCUGAAUGUUUUUAUCGUAUAUAUAAAAAGUUUUUAACUUUUCUGUACAGUCUUGUGUUUUUACCAAAUAACAUGAAAUGCCUGAUGUACUGUAUGUAGCUGGAAUUAGUUGGUCCUAAUUAACUUAGCUUCUUUGCAUGCCAGCCUUUGUUUUUGUUAGUUGUGUUGUUAUUUAUUAAUGACAAUGUUUUGCAUUUCUUAAGCAAUUUAUCCCAGGAUUUCAAGUACUUUACAUUUCAGUGACUUUAUUCAUAGUCGCCCUCGCUAAGCGUACGCACGUUUUUUUAAAUGGUUUAUCUUCCAUUUUUCCGCCAUGUUCCUACGACUAACAUGUCAACAAAUAGCCAAAGUGUUUCUUUGUAGGACCUAACAUAAGAUGGUAAUGAUUUAAAAAUACUGUUAACUUCUGUCGGGUGACAAAUGGCACUUGGCCUCAUGUGCUUGGCUGUAUUGUAAAAUGAAUAAAGGUAUAAACAUAGA